AAACAUAAGCGUAGCCAUAGUUCCUAAUCUUCUGAUAUUGCUUCAUCUUUUUUCAUUAGUUGCAACAGCCAUGGCGGUUCCACCCCUAGCCCUGCCGGGUUGCGACCACAAAUGCGGAAAUGUGACCAUACCCUACCCAUUUGGCAUCAACCAAGGUUGUUUCAUGGAUUCUAAUUAUCAGAUUACUUGUGAUCCCCAGAAUGACGGCACCCAUAAACCCUACUAUUCAAAAUUCACGGAGGUUCUUGAUAUAUCAUUAUUGGAUGCCCAAUUCAUACUUAGAGAUCUAUAUUCUUCUUCUGAAUGCUUCAAUGCUACAGGAUGGAAAACCAACGGUUCUUCUUUUGGGUAUAGUGUGGCAGAUUUACCAUUCAGCUUCUCAGUCAGCCGCAAUAAGCUCAUAGGUAUCGGAUGCGACACAGUGGCCUACUUAGAUUCAAAUUUUGGAGGAGGUAACGCAAAUUUUACUAGUGGGUGCAUAUCAUUGUGUGACAAAUUAGAUAGUGUGAGAAACGGGUCUUGCUCUGGAAUUGGUUGUUGCCAGACCUCAAUCCCUUUAGGCCUAAAAAAUUUUAUAGUGACUCUUGAGAGUAAAGAUAAUCACACUAAGAUCUGGAAGGACAACCCUUGCAGCUUCGCUUUCUUGGGAGAUUAUGAAUCUUUCACCUUUGAAGCAUGGCGUCUUUCGGGUAAUAGUUUCGACAGAUCGAAGAUUCCAAUUGUGUUGGACUGGGCAAUUGGGAAUCAGACAUGCGAGGAAGCAGUUCGUAAUGUUACUACUUCUGCUUGUGGUCCAAAUAGCUACUGCUUUAAUUCAACCAAUGGCCCCGGCUAUCGGUGCAACUGCAGCUAUGGUUAUGAAGGCAACCCUUAUCUCUCUCAAGUAGGAUGCCAAGACAUAAAUGAAUGUGAAAAUGGACACAAUAAUUCCUGCGCUGAGAAUGCUAUAUGCUAUAAUACGAAUGGGAGUUAUAGCUGCCAGUGUCGAAAAGGCUACUACGGCGAUGGUUUGGUAUAUGGGUCUCGCUGUAUUAAAGACAUGAAACGCAUUUUGGUGAUAAAAAUUAUUGCAGGUACCGGUGCAGGCUUUCUGGUUCUAUCUGUUUUCAUUUGGUUUUUAUAUUGGGCAAUUCAGAGAAGACGUAAACUUAGAGAAAAAUUCUUUCAACAAAAUGGAGGUAUGCUAUUGCAGCAGCAAAUUUCUUCAAAUAAAGGGGUCAAAGAUAUUGCUAGGAUUUUCUCUGUAAAUGCCCUAAAGAAGGCAACCAAUAACUUCCAUCAAAAUCAAAUAAUUGGCCAAGGUGGGUUUGGAACAGUUUAUAAGGGAAUCUUAUCAGGUGGCAAAGUAGUUGCCAUUAAAAAAUCCAAAAUUAUGGACAAAAGCCAGAUUAUACAGUUUAUAAAUGAAGUUGAUAUCCUCUCUCAAAUCAAUCACAGACAUGUGGUGAGGCUCUUGGGUUGUUGCCUAGAGACAGAAGUUCCAUUGCUAGUUUAUGAGUUCAUCUCAAAUGGUACCCUCUUCCAACAUAUUCAUAGCGGGAAUCAAGCACCUUCUCUUUCAUGGGAAAAUCGUUUAAGAAUUGCUGCAGAAACAGCUGAUGCUCUAGCAUAUUUGCAUUCUUCUCAUUCAAUACCCAUCUUUCAUAGAGAUGUCAAGUCUUCUAAUAUAUUAUUGGAUGAUAAAUACAAGGCUAAAGUAUCUGAUUUUGGAGCUUCAAGAUUGGUUCCUCAAGAUCAAACUCUUAAGACGACCAUAAUUCAAGGAACUCAUGGGUACUUAGACCCAGAAUGUCUUCCUACAGGUCAACUAACUGAUAAAAGUGAUGUUUAUAGUUUUGGAGUUGUUCUAGCAGAACUUUUGACUGGGAAAAUGCCACUUUUAUCAGAAGCAUCUGGGGAACGUACAACCCUAGCAGCGUAUUUUGUAUCUUCAAUGAAAGAUGGAAAUUUUUCUCGUAUUAUUGAUGAUCAAAUAUUAAAUGAUGGGAAGAGAGAACAAUUAUUGAUAGUUGCUGAACUUGCAAGAAACUGCCUAGAGGAUAAGAGGGAAGAUCGGCCAACAAUGAAGGAAGUUGCAAAGGAGCUUGAUUCUUUGAAAAUGUUGUAUGAGCAACCAUCAUUACAACAAAAUCAGGAGGAGUCUGAACCUUUUCUAGGCAAACCAUGGACAGGUUCUACCGAUUCAGCUUUUGAAAUAGAGAUUGGUUAUAGCUCAAGUACUGUUGAUGAACUCUACCCAGAUGACAAGUUGAGAGGAGAGACAAGCAAUUGGCUUUCUAUGCGAUGAUUUCCUACAUUUGGAGAAAAAGAAAUUUCCAAUUUUUCAGAAACAAGACAGAGACUUUGACUUGCAUUAUCAGAGAUAUCCAGGAACCUUUCCUAGUUCAGAAACGGGGAGUGCAUAAUAUGUGGGCGGUGACAGAGUUAAAUUCUGUUGAGUUGAACUAUGUGGGGAGUCUUCUGGUUCACUUGCUUCUUGUUGGGUGUUUCUGUUGUUUUACUUGUCAUUUUGUCCUUUUUUACUUCUCUAGAUGUUCUUAGUAUGCGGACUAAGACUUCAGGAAUGUUGGCUUUUUUUUGG